AUGGCCAUAAGAUUUUUUUUAUAUGUAGAUGGGUACUUGGAGGAACAAGGAUGGAGUCCCGUGCUCGCCCCUCUUCUAGUCGAAGACGCCUACUAUCCCGACCGAGAGACAAGAUAUCAACUGGGCGUAUCGGAGGACUCCUCAGAGGAAGAAGAACCCAUGGAGGAACCGUCUCAUGGUGAGGAAAUGGAAGCGGAACCGGAGGAGACUGAGCCUAAUAAAGAUGACAAGACCGCAAAAGAUAGCGAGCCCAUGGAGAAUGAAGUGGUUCCCCCUCCCAGACCGACACCUUUGAGCCCUUACAGAGACAUCCUGAGAAAGGCAGGGAAAACACGCCAAACAGUCAGGAAAACCACUCCUAACCACAGAGGGAUUUAUAAGCACCAACAUGGAUUAUCUGAGAGCAUGAGGAGGAGUUUGAGAGAUCCUAAUUGGAUCACUGCAUUCACUGAGGAUACGAUAUUUGGUGGGAGAAUCACCACCCGAUACGAGGACGGGCAAAGCUCAGGAGUGUGUCCUCCGCCCGGUGAUUAUAGUGGAUCUUUGGCCCUAUUAUUUGAUCGAACUCUAAAACUGGAAAAGCAAGAAAGGGAGGCGUCAAGAGAAAUCAAUGAAGGCGAAAACAACACUACACACGUAGCAUGGAGAGUAGGAAGAUUGGAGACCCAACUGACCCAUCAUCAGAAUAAUUGA